CUUCCUCUGCGAAUCGACCUCGCGAUCUUUGUCUCCCUCCCUCUGCUGCGGUUCAUCAACUCGCCCUCUCUCUUCCCUCCAUAAAUAUACAGAACUUCAAAUUCCCUCCUCCCAACACCAACGAAAUCCUCCACCAUCUGAAAAACUCAACAACCCUCCUCUCUACGAUUCACUCUCUGAACUUCCUACUCCCCACCAAUCGGCAGAGGAAGUAGAGAAACCCAAUGGUGGCUUCCAGAUUUCAAGCCGCUUCCUUGGUUGGUGCCCCUUCCUGCCCCAACGCCAUUGCUUGGUCUGACGAGAACUUGAUCGCAGUCGCUUCCGGCCACAUUGUCACCAUUCUGAAUCCAGCUUCGCCUAUUGAACCUCGCGGCACUAUCGCGGUUCCUACCGGAAAACAUUACCCAAUUGGCAGAGUUGAAAAAGAAGAUUUGCUCUCCGGUGACCUAUUGCCCACUGCUUUAUCGCGGGACCGGAAACCCUGUGCUAGGUCAAUUGCUUGGUCUUCUCUUGGAAUGUCUCCUAACUAUGGCUGUUUGCUCGCAGUUUGUACAUUUGAAGGAUGCGUGCGGGUCUAUCGCCCACCCUUUUGUGAUUAUAGCACCAACUGGAUAGAGGCUGCUGAUAUAUCAGACAUGCUGUAUGAUCAUCUUGCAAACGUUAACUUUGUGGAGAUCGACAUCUCUACUUCAGAAAUUCCUUCUAAUGGAGUGUCAAAGGGAAAAUCUGCUGAGGAUGAUAUGCCAAAUUCACCAACUGGCAAGAUAUUCAAGCCUGUUGUAUUGAAGCAAUACAAGCGGAGACGAGUUACCGUUGUUACUGAGAUAAACAGCCAUGCUGAUAGUUUGGAACACUUUUCAGAACCUAGACAUGCUGAGAUUACUAGCACUAGACCCACCCAUCUCAGUAUAUUGGAUAGCAAGAGGUCGCCCAAGACUAAGCUCGCCAAGCUGGGCAAGAAUAAAAUGGGAAGCUGUACAUUUCCGCUUUUAACUUCAAAGGAGUAUGCUGCUCGUAGUGCACUGCUUUCCUCACUUGUGGUUACAUGGUCGCCAUUAUUGUGUUCACCAUCAAACAGAAAUUUCCCAUCUUCAGAUGAUCCACUCAAUAAAUAUUCUAUUCUUGCUGUUGGAGGGAAGUCUGGUAACAUUUCAUUCUGGAGAAUUAGUGCACCUCAAUGCUAUUCAAUUGAGCACAGUAAAGCCCCUACUGGUGUAAUGUUUCUUGGGCUUCUUCAGGCGCAUACUUCAUGGGUAACUGCAGUGAGUUUGGAAUUACUCGUUUCAAACUCUGAUCCCCAGGUUGUAAUGGUUACUGGAAGUACCGACGGAAGUGUGAAGUUGUGGGUGGGGAAUGUGGAAGAACUGAGUAGGUUAUCAAAAGCUAGUAAAGUAGGUCCCUUUGUCCUAGUAAAGGAGGUUGUUCAUGAGAAUAUUGUCCCAAUUUCGGUUCUUUCAGUGGUGCUACCUUCUCAACCUGUAGAUAAAAUGCUUAUAGCAGUUGGCAAAGGAUCAGGAUCUUUCGAGAUUUGGACAUGUGACACAUCAAACUUCAAACUUGACAAAGCUGGAUGUCAUGAUGCUCAUGACUAUGCUGUUACAGGUUUGUGUUGGUCUUCAGAUGGACUUUUUUUGUACAGCUGUGGCCAGGACAACUAUUUACGUAGCUGGAUCUUACGUGGGGAAUGCCUGUCCGAAGUGCCCAUCCCCUCGAAUAUUCCCGGUCAAACCGGUUUACAUGAAGUUCCUGAUGCUUUGCUUUCAUGCCUGGGCGUGGUAGCAUCACCUGGAAAUCUCAUGGUUGCAAUGGUCCGUGAUCUUGAUGUUGAGCUAUUGGGCCAAAUGUACGAGGCAAGGGCUCAGAAGGCUGUAGUUGAAUUCUUUUGGAUCGGCGGACAACCAGUGGAGAGCACCCUCGCCAACUCAUCAAUCAACUUUUACAAAGAAGCAUUUCCUGGAUUCACCCCAAACGAAUUGGCCGACUGGGAAUCCAACAUCCUAUUGUCAUUGAAGCAGUACGAAGAUCCAUAUAAGCCUUUAGUAGUAUGGGAUAUCAUAACAGCCCUUCUGGUUUUCAAAGAUUCUAUUCCCAAGAUUGGUGCUGACAGUAAUGCUGCAAAAGAGCAAUGCAAGUUUUGCACAGCCUCAAUUCCUUUCGAGUCUCCGGAGCAUGCAACUUGCCAAGGUGCAGAGAGCAUCAAGGGAGAUAUGGAGAAACAUGAAGUGCAUAGAUGUGCAGUGUCAAUGCAGGUUUGCCCUGCUAGUCCUUCGUGGUUCUGCAUAUGUUGUCGCAGGAAGGUGCACAAGCUGGCUCCUGAAUAUCUGUUUAAGAUGUCUAGGUUUCCUACGGAUUUUAGUUCCUGGAAAGAAGCUUCUAUAGCUGAGAAGUCCCCGAGACCCUUCUGCCCCUUUUGUGGGAUUUUAUUGCAGAGAAUGCUGCCAGAUUUUUUGCAGUUGGCGCAGCCAGUGUGAAGGGCAACUACUGUUGGAGGUGUGCCCUUCUUACUUAUCGACAUCAGGCAUCUACUACUAUCGGCCAGAAAAUCAGCAGCCUACCCCGUCAAAUGUUUUCCUCUUGAAAUUAUGGUGUUCUUGCGAUCGAGAGGGCCUUCUGCAUGGUAACCGGAAAAAAUUUCAGAUCUCAUAGAACUGGCUGUUAAAAGUUGAUCCUUUAUUUAAGAUGUUAAUUGCCAGUGCUUUGUAUAGGAUCGAUGUGAUCUUUUGGAUGAUUUGCAUUCUCAAAAGGACUGAGAAACCUGAAUAUUUAGAUUCAUUUUUGCUUGACAAACAUGGUAGGAAUUGCACUGCUCAUCUUGCCAUCUGAAAUGUCCAUGGCUUUCUGACAUAAAAAAAUGAAUAUCAGACAGCUGGUUCCAGCUCAUUAAAGUUAGGGUGUACUCCCGUCUGAGAAUGGAGCUUCUGAACCCUCUUCGAGUAGCGGUGGUCAGUACGGGUCCGGACACAGAGCUUCUUGUGGCAAACCCGGUUGAACUCUCUCGCAGGGGAAGGCCUCUUGUCUUCCAUGAUAUCACCCUGGCUCUCAAGAUGCUCAAUGCUUGCGCCUUCUCGGUGAAGAUUGGAAGGUAAAUGAUCCAUGAUAGGGGGUGGGAAGUGUACAGGGUGCUGCUUGAUGAAAGGGAGGAACGCCCAACUGUGCCAAGGAUGAAGAUUGAGGAAGAUGUGAAGAAAGUAUUGAUGGGUUGGGAAUAAGAUUUGAUCAUCUACUUGUUCCAGCCUCUGUAUAUAAAAGUUCUAUCUAGAUACAGUUUUUAUUUCCUUUUCCCUUGGCUCCUUAAGGUUCCUGAGUAAUCUUCAGUAGAGUUGGGCGCUUUCAGGUCACAUCAGUGAUUCAGCUUAGCUUCUUCUCUUACUCUUCUGAUAAAAGUUGUUGUCUCUCUGAGAAAUUGUACUGAUUGAAUCACCUAUUGUAGAUAAUACAUGUAUGGUUUCUCGGCUGUUGAACUACGUGUAGUGUAGAAGAGGCUACACAGAUAGCACACGCUAUUACUGCCUCUCCUCCUGAACAUCGGUUCAAUUGCGAGAAGUUAUUGCG